AUGGAGAUUCACAGGGAUAGAGGAUCAAAGAAGUUGUGGUUAUCUCAGAAGGGUUAUGUGGAGAAGGUGCUACAGAGGUUUGGGAUGAAUGAAGCAAAACCGGUGAGCACUCCAUUAGAAAACCACUUCAAGCUUUCUGUUGAUCAGUGUCCCAAGUCGGACAAGGAGACUCAGGAUAUGGUGGAGAUACCUUAUGCCAGUGCUGUUGGAUGUCUGAUGUAUGCCAUGGUUUGUACUCGUCCUGAUUUAGCUCAUGUUGUUGGUCAAGUUUGCAAGUAUAUGUCUAGGUCGGGUAAACAGCAUUGGGAGGCAGUCAAAUAG